UAAUUGUUUUUCCCACGUCACAAACAGAAACACUAGCACUGAUUACAAACUCCAGUUAAAUGGUUACUGUUGAAAGUGGGAAGAAUAAAUCGUUGAAGUUGAAACUGUAUCAGCUCAUUUUAUGGGAUCGGAUGUCAUUUUCUUGACUUUGUUUUGAAGGUUGAGUUUGGAAUGGAUUUCGGAGGCAAAAUCCCGAGUCCCACCGGCCACCAUAAGUUUGUAAAGGCGUAACCACAGCUACAUUAUUUACGAAUGCGCCUCCCAUGGCCCGGUGAUCGGACAUGGAAGCUCGCAUUUUCUGCUUUCCUCACGUAGCCCACUAUUAUGUUCCGCUGCUUCGCCCACAGCCAUAGAAGAGUAGUCGCUUUCCGCCAUAGCCCUGUUUUUAUCUCUUCAUGCUCUGCUUCUUCACUUCCAGUUUCGCAGCAUUACCCUCUUCUCUUCCAUCCCAUUAGCAACCCUCUCCCUCCGUCUUCGAUCCCGUUGCAAAUCUUGGUUGCUCAGUACAAAUCAUCCCAACUUCACCCCACAACUCAGUCCCCACCCUUCCCUGUACAGCGCGAUGAAAAGAUUGAAUCUCUCGCUUGGCGGUACCGGUAUUCUUGCUGCCCGAAAGAUGCGGAAGAGCUUCAUUUGCAGGUUUUUAAAAAUGGGUUCGUUAAUGAUUUGUUUUUGUGUAAUACCCUUAUUAAUGUUUAUGCUAGAGUUGGUGACUUGGGUUCCGCCCGGAAGGUGUUCGACGAAAUGCUCCUUAGGAACUCGGUCACUUGGUCUUGUUUGAUAUCGGGCUUCACUCAAAACUGUAUGCCAAGAGAGGCUUGUGAGCUCUUCCGGAGAAUGGUUUCUGGUGGUUUUGUGCCUAAUCACUAUGCUUUUAGCAGCACAAUUCGAGCUUGCCAAGAGUGUGGCGAGUACGGUUUGAAAUUUGGGAUGCAAAUUCAUGGGUUGAUGUCAAAAACUCAGUAUGCUACUGAUGUUACUACAAGUAAUGUUUUGAUUUCGAUGUAUGGAAGUGUUAUGGGUAUUGUUGAUUAUGCUCGUCGUGUUUUCAACAGAAUAUGGCCCAGAAACUUGAUAUCUUGGAACUCUAUGAUUUCUGUUUAUUGCCAGAGGGGAGAUGCAGUUUCUGCAUUCGAAAUAUUUUCAACUGUGCAGCAGGAAGUCAUGGGAGAUGGUCUCAAACCAAAUGAGUAUACCUUUGGUAGUUUAAUAUCUGCUACCUGUUCUCUGGUUGAUUCUGGUUUGAUUUUGCUUGAACAGAUACUGAGCAGGGUUGAAAAGUCUGGUUUCUCACAUGAUUUAUAUGUAGGCAGUGCUUUGGUUAGUGGGUUUGCAAAGUUUGGGUCGAUUAAUUAUGCCAAGGAUAUUUUUCAGCAGAUGAGUUAUAGAAAUGCAGUAUCCAUGAAUGGUUUGAUAAUUGGACUGGUUAGACAGAAUAGAGGUGAAGAAGCAGUUGAACUUUUCAUGGAGAUGAAGGACUCGGUUGAACUGAACCUUGAUUCUUAUGUGAUCAUUUUGACUGCCUUUCCUGAGUUUUAUGUUCUGGAAAAUGGGAAAAGAAUGGGCAGUGAGGUUCAUGCAUACCUCAUCCGAACAGGCUUACUUGRUGCUAAGAUUGCAAUUGGGAAUGGUCUUAUAAAUAUGUAUGCUAAAUGUGGAGCUAUCGGUGAUGCUUGUACGGUUUUUAGACUCAUGAAUGAUAAGGAUUCAGUCACGUGGAACUCCAUGAUAACUGGUCUUGACCAAAACGAGCACUUUUUAGAUGCKGUUAGAACUUUUCAGGAAAUGAGGAGAACAGGAUUGUUUCCUUCAAAUUUCACAAUGAUUAGUGCUUUAAGUUCCUCUGCAAGCUUGGGGUGGAUCAUGAUUGGAGAACAAUUACAUUGUGAAGGACUUAAAUUGGGGCUUGAUUUGGAUGUUUCUGUUUCAAAUGCUCUAUUAUCUUUGUAUGGUGAGGCUGGGUAUGUGAAGGAAUGCCAGAAAGCUUUCUCCUUGAUGCCUGAAUAUGAUCAAGUUUCAUGGAACUCUUUGAUCGGAGCUUUAGCAGAUUCUGAGUCAUCAAUGCUUGAAGCUGUGGACAAUUUCCUGGUCAUGAUGCGGGCCGGAUGGCGUCCUAAUAGAGUAACCUUCAUUAGCAUACUUGCAGCGGUAUCUUCUCUUUCACUUCAUGAACUGAGCAAKCAGAUUCAUGUUUUAGYCUUGAAGUACAAUGUUGCAGCUGACACUGCUAUAGAGAAUGCCCUUUUGGCUUGCUAUGGGAAGUGUGGUGAUAUGAGUGACUGCGAGAAUAUCUUUUUGCGAAUGUCCGAUAGACAGGACGAAGUGAGUUGGAACUCCAUGAUUUCGGGUUAUAUACAUAAUGAGCUCUUGCUCAAAGCUAUGGAUAUGGUCUGGUUUAUGAUGCAGAGAGGCCAAAGACUGGAUGGUUUCACCUUUGCAACCGUGCUUAGCGCUUGUGCAACCGUUGCGACAAUGGAGCGUGGCAUGGAAGUCCAUGGUUGCAGUGUAAGAGCUUGUUUAGAAUCUGAUGUUGUCGUCGGGAGUGCACUUGUGGACAUGUAUGCAAAAUGUGGUAGAAUAGAUUAUGCAUCAAGAUUCUUUGAACUGAUGCCUGCAAGAAACUUGUACUCCUGGAACUCCAUGAUUUCGGGGUAUGCACGACAUGGACAUGGAAGAAAAGCUUUGGAUCUUUUCGCCCAGAUGAAGCUACAUGGUCCACUCCCAGAUCAUGUCACUUUUGUUGGAGUUCUAUCAGCAUGUAGUCAUGUGGGUUUAGUUACAGAAGGGUUUUAUCACUACGACUCAAUGCGUGAAGUAUACGGGUUAGCUCCUCGGAUGGAGCACUUUUCGUGUAUGGUGGAUCUUCUUGGGCGUGCUGGGAAGCUAAACAAGGUAGAGGAUUUCCUCAACAAGAUGCCAAUGAAGCCUAACAUUCUAAUAUGGAGGACAGUUUUAGGGGCUUGUUGCAGAGGCAACGGACGCAACAGCGCGCUCGGUAGGAGAGCUGCUGAGAUGCUGCUGGAAAUGGAACCAAGGAAUGCAGUGAACUACGUGCUUCUCUCAAACUUGUAUGCUUCGGGCGGGAAGUGGGAAGACGUAGCGAAGACGAGGGUGGCAAUGAGGAAGGCGUUCGUGAAGAAGGAAGCUGGAUGCAGUUGGGUGACAAUGAARGAUGGAGUUCAUGUGUUUGUAGCAGGAGACAAAUCACACCCUGACAAGGACUUAAUCUAUGAAAAACUAAAGGAACUGAAUGCAAAAAUGAGGAGGGCUGGGUACGUCCCGGAGACGAGAUUCGCACUUUACGACCUUGAAGGGGAGAACAAGGAGGAGCUUCUCAGCUACCACAGUGAGAAAAUCGCAGUUGCCUUUGUUCUAACUCGUCCAUCAGAAAUGCCUAUAAGAAUAAUGAAGAACCUCAGAGUUUGUGGGGAUUGCCACUCAGCUUUCAAAUACAUUUCACAGAUUGUWAGAAGACAAAUUGUAUUGAGAGAUUCAAAUAGAUUUCAUCACUUUGAGAAUGGCCAAUGUUCAUGUACGGAUUUUUGGUAGUCUAUACAUUCUUUUUUGACAUUCCAAAUGUGUUUUUUAGCGACAAAAAAUA